GAAGGUUUUACGUUUUCCUUUUGGUUGACUUUCUUUGGUACUCUGUAGAUGAGUUUUUCACCGUCUUUAACAGUCCUGCACUUGCAGUUUUUGCAGAAUGAAGUCUGUGGAGUCGUCUUUUUCGAAGUCGCUUGUACCCACUCAGUAUGAACAGGAGGGCAUUAGUGUGGAUAUUGAAGUACUGGAGGAUCUGCGUUCUGAUUUUCGAUUUUGUUUGGUUGGCAAAGUAUUCUCUAUUCGUUCUUAUCCUCAUGGUGUUUUCAAAACUUUGAUUGCCAAACUAUGGGAUUUUGCUUCAGGCUUGAGUAUUCGCGAGGUGGCUGACAAUUUGUACCUAUUCCGCUUCCAAAGGGAACAAGAUCUGACUCGGGUUCUGGCUAUGGAACCGUGGUCCUUCAAACGAAUGUUAAUUCUUUUACGGCGUGUGGAUGGUGCUUCUCCGGUUCGUGAAAUCACUCUCAGCACCACUGAUUUUUGGAUUCAGGUCCAUAAUUUGCCCAUUCUCAGUAUGACGGCUUCAGUGGCCCGUUUGAUUGGCAAUCGUUUGGGUUCCUUUCUGGAGGUUGCACAGGGCGAUGAUGGAGACUGUAUCGGUCGGUGCUUGCGUAUCAGAGUAAGGGUUGAUGUCACCAAACCUUUGUGGAGGGGGAUGAACAUUUCCUUUUCAGGAAUUGGUUCGAAAUGGGUUGACUUUACUUAUGAGAGAUUGCCGGAAUUUUGUCAUGAUUGUGGGAGUUUAGAACAUUGGACACCAGAUUGUUCCAGGCCUUCUAUGGAUAUUCGUGUGGGUGUUGUGAAACCUUUCAGUAGUAGUUUGCAUGCUAGUCUGGAGCCUUUUGGUGGUCCGCGUUUCUCAGAUCGACGGGCCCGUGACCGUUCUAUUACCUUUUCUGAGUUGGCAGGACCGUCUUGUGAUGAAGAUCGUCGUUGGCUUAAUCCUUCUUCUGCGGUGGUUCUGCAAUCGCCUGAGCACAACUUAGCGGUUGGUAGCGGUUAUUCAGAUUUAUCUCCUUCAAUUCAGGAGAUAAGUCAGUUACAUGGUUUUCAAAAGUCUGAAGCGGUUUCUCCUUUGCCAGUUGGAAAGUUAAAGGCCCAAGUUUCUAUGUCCCACACUUCUCAAUUGGGCCUCUCUGGUACAGCUACUUUACAUGAUCCGGCCCAAAGGGUUGAGACUUCGAGCCCUGUACUUCCUACAAAUCUAGAUACAUCAACUACUUCAGUCUCCCCCUUAACUUCUGGUUUCUCUGAUAUUUCUUUUCCAAAUUCUACUCAUUUGGAAAUUGGUCUAGGUCUUUCUUCCACCUCCUGCAAAGGUUGGAAACGGUCUGCUCGUCUAAAAGGUGUUGCUGAUACCACUCUUCCUCUCACAGAUGUUACUAAUUCUAUUCCUCUUUUGGGUGGUCUUCCUGAUGACUUCACUCACGGCUCUUUGCAGAUCAAAUGUCCUAAGAAAAUCAAGGUUAAUUCUCUUUCGUCUGGUGACAAAACCGUGGUGGAUGCAGCAGGGCUGCCCCACCACGAGAAAUGA